CGCGUAACGCUUAUAUAAUGAUGAAUGAUCCUUGGCCCGCGCUCAGUUUCAGUUUGAGGAAUGCGCGCCGCCGAUCGCAACUUGUUGCACACAUAUAAGUAGCUGUGCACGCGCGCGCAUGUCUUUACGGCGCAAAGCUGCAGAGUCAUGAUGAGGCAUUAACCCCCCCCCCCUCACAAAACAUACACGCGCGCGCAGAGCUCCGCAGCCGCAGCAGCGACUUUUCGGCCUCCCGACCUUCCGUCACCGGGACCGGAGACGCUGCGACCGGGACCGGGGAAACUCCCCGCGGCUGCCGUGAAAGGAUAAGCAACCGACGGGGUUAAAAAAUUCGGGAUACAUCCGAUCGUGCAAUUACACACAGCUGCCGACCUCUUCCUCUUCCCCCCCCCCCCCCCCCCACCCCUCCAUCGGACAACACAUUGCAGAAACGUCAAAAUGAAUCACUUACAACUCCCUGAGACCUGCGGGGUCUGGACCGAGGUCUGAACCCGCCCCGAUCCAGAUUCACGAAGCCCGCCGCCCCGUCAUGUCGGAGGACGGAUCCUCGGACGAGGGGGGAAUACGUGGUUCGCCAUCGGCCCGCCGGUUCGGUUCCCAGCUGGAGUUGGAGUCGUCGUCGUCCAGAGAAACGCGUGAGCUGAAUGUGUCCUACGUGGCAACCGGAUUCAGGAUCAUCAGAGACGGGUCGUACCAUUGCACCGUUCAAAUCCCCAUCUUCUUAGGAAACGUCUCCUUGCUGAAAAUACUUUUUUGUGUUAAAUUUGAGACAAAAUGCUAGAAACCGAGGUGCCUUCAUCAGGACUACGGGAUCUUCAUCUGUUGAAAGUCUGAGCCCGAUGGGAUAAGAACUGAAAACCUUCAAGUGGACAAGACUGUACGUCGAAACGGGUAAAAACUACAACAAAAACAAACCAAAGUACUCCCCUCCCAGAAUGCAUUGCUCGAGGAAGAAACGGCCCACGCGCGUCACCGAUUUCUCGGCCAUCGUGGUUCCCUCGAUGCACGGCUCGGGGUACCUGGACUACGCGGUGGAGACGCACGCCUCCAGAGCCCUGGAGGUCAUGGAGGAGUUCAGGCGCCAGGAGUUGCUGUGUGACCUGGUGCUGCACGUCGCUCACGAGGACCGCACCGUGGACUUCAAGGUGCACCGGGUGGUGCUGGCGUCCUGCAGCCCGUACUUCAGGGCCAUGUUCACCAGAGGCUUCAAGGAGUGCCGCGCCUCGGAGGUCACGCUGCGCGGCGUCUGCCCCCUGGUGGUGGGGAGGCUCAUCGACUUUGCCUACACCGCCCACAUCACGGUGGGGGAGCAGUGCGUGCUGCACCUCCUCCUGGCCGCCAUGAGGUAUCAGAUGGAGGACGUGGCUAAGGCGUGCUGCGACUUCCUCAUCAAGCACCUGGAGCCCGCCAACGUCAUCGGCAUCGCCCGCUUCGCCGAGGAGGUCGGCUGCUGGGAACUACACCAGAGGUGCCGAGAGUACAUUAACACACACUUCAAGGAGGUGAUCAAGGAAGAUGAGUUCUUCAGCCUCUCUCACUGCCAGCUGCUGGAGCUCAUCAGCCAGGACAGCCUGAAGGUGCUGUGUGAGUCGGAGGUGUACCAGGCCUGUACGGACUGGGUCCGCUGGGACAUGGAGGGCCGGGCCCAGUACCUGCACGCCCUGCUGAACGCCGUCCACAUCUACGCCCUGCCGCCGAAGUUCCUGAAGAACCAGCUGCUGUCCUGCCCCAUCCUCAGCAAGGCCAACUCCUGUAAGGACUUCCUGUCUAAGAUCUUCCAGGACAUGACGCUGAGGAAGCUGCCUCCUGCGCCCAACCGAGGGACGCAGCUUAUCUACGUGGCCGGCGGGUACCAGCAGUACUCUCUGGACUCCAUGGAGGCGUACGACCCCCGGAGGAACGCCUGGCUGAAGCUGGCUGACAUGGGCUCGGCGUGUAGCGGCCUGGGCGCCUGCGCGCUGUUUGGGCUCCUCUACACCGUGGGAGGUCGUAACCUGUCGCUGCAGAACAACGCCGAAUCGGCCGCGCUGUGCUGCUACAACCCCAUGACCAACCAGUGGAGCCAGCAGGCCUCGCUGGGCCUGCCCAGGAACCGGGUCGGGGUGGGCGUGGUGGACGGCUGCAUCUACGCCGUCGGGGGAUCGCAGGGCUCCACCCACCACAACACGGUGGAGAAGUGGGACCCGGAGUCUAACCGCUGGUCCUUCGUGUGCCCGAUGUCGGUGGCCCGUCUGGGCGCCGGCGUGGCAGCGUGCGGCGGCGUUCUGUACGUGGUCGGCGGCUACGACGGGCAGAACCGCUGGAACACCGCCGAGAAGUACCAACCAGACACCAACAGCUGGCAGCAGCUGCCGCCCAUGAGCACCAUUCGCAGUGGACUGGGCCUGGUGUGUGUGAACUCUCACCUGUACGCCAUCGGCGGCUAUGAUGGGCGGAGCCAGAUGUGCUCCGUGGAGCGCUACAGCAUCCCCAGGAACCAAUGGGAGCCCAGGGCCUCCAUGCAGUACUGCCGCAGUGCACACGGGGUCGCUGUCCACCAGGGGCGCAUCUUUGUCUUCGGAGGCUUCAACCAGCUCGGCUUCCUGUCCAGCGUGGAGAGUUUCUGCCCCGAGAGCAACGAGUGGACGGCGGUCACCGACAUGCCGGUGGGGCGCAGUGGGAUGGGGGUGGCCGUCACCAUGGAGCCCUGCCCCGGGAGCCUGCAGGAGCAGGAGGAGGACGAGGAGGGAGUCACAUGAGGAGGAGCAGGAAGAGGACGAGGAGGGAGUCACAGGAGCAGGAGGGAGUCACAGGAGGAAGAGGAGGAGGGAGUCACAGGGGGAAGAGGAGGAGGAGGAUCGGUUGAGUAAAUGUUGAAGUGGUGCUGCUUUUCAAAGGGUUGAGGUAAAAAACAUUCCAAUAUGAAAAAAACUCGUCACGCACCUUCGCUCACGUGGACGCCCCCCCCCCCCCCCAUGGAGGACUGCAGAUGGAAGAACAUCUCCACCUCAUUCAUGAGAAAAAGAUCUGGGACAUAACAGAGACCUCACAACCUACACGGUGCUACAGAGACAUAUAUAUUAUGUAUGUUUUUCCUUUUUAUUUCGUGGCAUUUCUUUGUGUGUUCACCGUAUUUUCUUUUGGGACGAAUAAAGUGACUGACGUUUGA